AUGAUUUCGACAAUAAAAGACUACACUAUCCUCCCUCUUAUCCUUCCCCAAACCCCCUCCUUUCCCGUCCAAGCGACACACACCCUCUACCUGCGACCUCACGCGCCGAAAAUACCCACCGAGGCCGACGAACGCAGUCUCUUCCUCGUCAACAUACCGAUAGACACAACGCCAACACAUCUCCGGGCCGUUUUUGCAAGCGUACUUGGGGGGGCAGGACGAGUUGAGGAUGUGUUUAUUGAAGGGGAGAAGGGAGUGCAACAAUCUUCUACUCUAGCAAUUGCACCGCCCAACGCAGGAGGGAGUAGGAAGCGCAAGCGUGGGAACGAUGAGGACGAUGCGGAUGCGUCGGAGUAUCCAUUACCUGACCUCUGGGACAGAACACUUCAUCGCAGUGGCAGCACGGCCGUUGUGGUUUUAGUGGACAACAAGAGUGUGGAGGCUGUGCUUAAAAGCAUUCGGAAACUUCAUAAAUCGGGGAAGCAGGGAAGGUUUCCUGUUUGGGGCGCGGGCUUAGAAGAUAAAUUGGCUGCUCUGGGAAGUGCGCGGUAUGAGGCCCAUCAUGCCUUGAGGUAUCCGGACCCAACAUCACUACAGGCGAAUGUCGAUGCCUUUAUGACGGCGUUUAACGCGAGGGAGGAGAGCAAGAGGAGAGAGGAUGCUAGGAAGAGGAGUGGCCCUGAUGAGGAAGGAUUUGUUACGGUGACGAGGGGAGGGCGUGCGGGACCGGCGAGGAGAGGCGAGGCAGAGGAGAAAAGAAAGGAGAUGGAGGAACGGGAGGAGAAAAAGAGAAGGGAGAUGGAGACCGGGGGUUUCUAUAGGUUUCAAGUUAGGGAACGGAGGAAGAAGGAGCAGGGGGAACUGGUUAGGAGGUUUGAGGAGGAUAAAAGGAGAGUGGAGAAGCUAAGGGAGGGAAAGGGAAAGAGGGGGUUAAGGCCUGAGAGUUGA